ACUAAUUACAUUAUCGAUUUUCCCAAAAGACUUGCCCUUCGCCUCCUUCAAACAACCACUCUUUCCGUUCAGACACCCUGCGCCUAAAACCUCUCUUCUUCGGUAAUCACCGUAGGCAGGAAACCAAGAGGAUUUGGUUAGGGCAACUACUUGAGAGAAAAUGAAGUACGGUGUCAACUCACAGGAUUGGAGGGUAAUUAAUACUAGAAUAGAGACUUCAACUUGACGCCCUAGUCAUCAACAGAAGACGAGUCUGGGUGUGACAAUCUCGCUCGAGUGACACACACACACAAACAGAGAUGGGUGAGAUAGAAAAGCCGAUAUUCAGAGACAUAAGGCGUUAUUUCUGUGAGUACUGCAGCAUUUGCAGGUCCAAGAAGUCCCUCAUCACCUCUCACAACCUCACCCAUCACAAGGAAGAAAUGGAGGAGAAGGGUGUUGAUGAAGAAGAGAAAAUAGAGGGGACAAAAUCCAAUACUUGCACAGAAUGUGGUGCCUCUUUCAAGAAACCAGCGUAUUUGAAGCAACAUAUGCAGAGUCAUUCCCUCGAGAGGCCGUAUACUUGUAAAGUUGAUGAUUGCCAUUCCAGCUAUAGAAGAAAGGACCACUUGACUCGCCAUCUUCUUCAGCACCAAGGAAAACUCUUCAAUUGUCCAAUUGAGAACUGCAACCGUGAAUUUUCUUUACAAGGCAACAUGAAAAGGCACGUGAAAGAACUUCAUGGCCAGGAUCACCCUCCCACUGAUGCUAAAUGCCAGAAGCAGUAUGUCUGCCCUGAAAUUGGGUGUGGGAAGGUUUUCAGAUUUGCGUCAAAGUUGCGGAAGCAUGAGGACUCCCAUGUUAAACUAGACUCAGUGGAGGCGUUCUGUUGUGAAGCUGGUUGUAUGAAAUAUUUUGCCAAUGAUCAAUGCCUUAAGGCCCACAUCAAGUCCUGCCACCAACAUAUUACUUGUGAGAUAUGCGGGACCAAGCAGCUGAAAAAGAACAUUAAGCGGCACCUGCGAAUGCAUGAAGCCAAAGUGUCGUUGGUGAGGAUCAAAUGCAAUCACAAGGGUUGUCUUCACACAUUUUCAAAUAAAUCAAAUCUCCGUCAGCAUGUGAAGGCUGUGCACCUUGAUCUUAAACCCUUUGCCUGUAGCUUUACUGGUUGUGGAAUGAGAUUCGCACACAAGCACGUGAGAGACAAUCAUGAAAAAACAGGGAACCAUGUUUACACACCUGGGGACUUUGAGGAGUCAGAUGAGCAAUUUCAAUCCAGGCCUAGGGGCGGGCGGAAGAGAAAGUGCCCAACUGUAGAAAUGCUGAUCCGAAAGAGGGUUACUCCACCAAGUCAGUUGGAUGAGGGAUCUGACUAUCUUUCUUGGUUGCUCUCACAGAGGACUGACAACGAGUAGUGACUCAUGCCCUCUAGUUUUGCGCGAUGUGAAUAGACUCUUCCAAUGGAAAUAUAUAUAGAAAUUGGGUAUAUUUACUCUUAAGUUCAUUAUAGAUGAUAUAUUAUAUAUAGCUUGUUAGAAUCCUUGUAUAAUAUGGUUCUGUUCCUCAUUUGUUACUCUUCCUUGUAUAAUAUGGUAUACAAAUCUAGCCUUAGUUUCUUCAA